UCACCUGUGAAGCAAUCUUCUGAGAGACGGCCGAAUGCCCCGGCCCCUGGUUGCCUAUAAAUGCUGGGCCUGCGCUGCUCUCUCAAACGUUCUGUGCAGCUCCUUGGCUUUGCGGUAGGAAACGUUAAGGAAGCUUUACGCAGAAUUCAAGAAAGAUGGCGAGAGAACAGUCGCAGCUGGAACGCGCCAUAGAGACGGUGAUCAACACCUUCCACCACUACUCUGUGCGGCAGCAGCCACCAGACAGCCUGAGCCAGAAAGAAUUCAAACAGCUGGUGAAAAAAGAUCUGCAAAACUUCCUCAAGAAGGAGAAAAGGAAUGACAAGGCCAUAGAGCACAUCAUGGAGGACCUGGACACAAACGUGGACAAACAGCUGUCCUUUGAGGAGUUCAUUGUCCUGAUGGCACGACUGACCGAAGCUUCCCACGAGGAGAUGCACAAGAAUGCCCAGCACCCCAUUGACCCAGGCCACGAGCAUGGGCCAGGCCUUGGGGAGGGUACUCAGGGUCAGGGCCAUGGCCACAGCCACGGCCACGGCCAUGGCCACAGCCAUGGGCCAGGCCUUGGAGAGGGUGGCCAUGGCCAUGGCCACAGCCACGGGCAUGGCCACGGCCACUAAUCAGGAGGCCAGGCCACCCUGUGCUGCCCAACCAGAGCCCUGGGAGCUAUUGUGCCAAACUGCCUUGGCUGUGGGGCUGGGGCUGGGGGAAAAUAAAGUUCUCCUCCAUACCAG